UGUCAUGUAUUUCAGGGGCGUUACGUCGCUUAAGGCUUUAAAAUUGAUUUUAAACAUUCUAAUUCUAAAGAGGGUGUGCAGAAAGAAAGUAAACAGUAGUAGCAUCACCUGUGAGUGUUUACUCUAUUAUUGCAGAUGUGCUAUUUGUCGACAUUCUUCAUCUUCCAUUUCCAACAGGAACAGUAUUAAUUGCCCGUAUGAAAGGUUCCCUCUUGAAAUCCUAUAUUUCUGGUCCCAGCUGGGAACCCAGUCUUCAGAAGUUUUUAGUUGAUAUCUGAUCCUAACGUGAUGUCCUGCGUCUCCUGUGUGCAGCUGCAGCCGCUGGCUCCUGAGAGCUCGCUGAGCUUCAGUCAUCUCAGCCACAGCGUCAGCAGCCAGCUCGACUCAUCGCCCGAGAGCAGCGAGGCCGGCGCCGAUAUCCCCGUGUCGCGAAAUGAGCGGCAGCAGAUCCUGAAGGGCGUUCAGAACAUUGUUGUGAAAGCUGCCCGUCGACGCUCCAAAGCUUUGGAGGUGGAAGCCCUGCGACUCCCCCCUCCCCCCUCUCCGCUGGACCCCAAGAAGCAGAAGAGCAGCCUCUCCCUGAGCGAGGCGCCACCUAGGGGUUUGCCAAUGCGACACGGCAGGCAGCCCAGCCCCGAGCUCAGGCACGCCACCUCGGACGACAACCUGUCGAGCAGCACCGUGGAGGGACCCGGCCUGCAGGUGACCUGGACGCGCCCACGUAACCGUCAGGUCGCCGCCAAGAACCAGACGCCCAGAGAUGUGGAUUUCGAGGCUCGACGCAAGAAGAGGCGCUCACGCUCUUUCGAGGUCACAGGUCAAGCACUUCCUCAAACCAAGACAACCACAGCUCAGAGGUUUCGUCCUCUGGACAGCACAUCAGACCCCCACUUCCAAAUCAACGGUCAGCCCCAGGCCCUGCGGCCCCAGUACAGAGGGGUCCCUCCUCUCGCCAAAGUCAGGGCGCCCCACAACGGCCAGCAGACAGAGUCGUCCACCGCCCACAUGAAUAACCUGAAGCGAGGGCCCCAGCUGCGGCAGCCCCAGCCCCUCCUCUACAUCACCACGACGGGCACCGGGGGCCAGCGCACACGCAGACACUGAACCGCCUGCUGCAGUCAGCCUCAACACCAGCACUGACACCCAAACCAGCCGUUCCUGCAGGGGAAGCCACUGCAGAGCGCCUGCACUCAACAUCCAGACCGAUUAACAGUAAAUUAACACUCAACACCCAAGUGAAGCACAACAGGCAACGAUGGCACCGACUGGCUCUGAAAACUACAGGGGCCAAAGAUUGCCUCGCACACAGUGCUUGUUCCGUUCUGUCCAGUGUUUCCUCUUUAGCUGGCUGUCGUGCUGUAGUGACUUGCGUUUUCCGGAGGGUGUCAAGCUCAUUAUGAACUCAACCCCGUGCUAAUGUCUGUGCAUUAUGAUCAUACACUGUUUGGUAACGUUCAGUGCUCGUUACAAAGGCCAGAAAAUGAAAACAUCAGGCUAAUGAGGGAUGCUAAUGGGUAUAAUGAUGAAAAUGAGUGUUGAGGGAAUAACGAGGUUUAUUAGACAAAAGAUAAAAAGGCCGAGAGGAUAUUUCACUGAUGGAAAUGUAAAAACAGUAUAAUGAGCAGAGGCCUCCUGUCAGAAUGUUUAAGUAUCAAUGUUUCUUGUAGUGAAGCUGUUUAAAUUUGAUGACACACUGAUAUUUGAGUAAAAAAAUACUUCAUCUUGCUUAUUGUGCAUUCAAACUGAACCUCUGUUCUCACAUGGCCCAGGUCUUUGCCUUUUUCUGACCAACACUUGACUGAUAUGUGUCCUGCUUGUUUGUGUAGAUAUUAAGUGCACUAUCACAAGAUGCUUUUCCAGAUUAGCUGGGUGUAUUUUUAAUGAAUUAUUUAACUAUUGCCUUUUGUUUUAUGUUGUUGUCAUGGACGUUGU